AUGGCCAAGGUAGAGAGCAGAGAGGGCGUGCUCGAGCCGCUGCCCCUGCAAGAGAGCGUGCAGCCGACGCCUUCCUCGAAAUGCGACAAGAGCGAGUCGCGCACGCUCAAGCGGUGGCAAAGUGCAUUCGGGUCCUAUGCUCAAAAGCACAGCACGCUGGACAAGAAGGAGGUGGCCUCGCCGCCGCCGCUGCCCAUUGUCCCACCGCCAGCGGAGGACUUGUGCAUGGAGACCGUGCCUCGUCGCAAGACGUCACGCAUCGGCCUCCUCAAAGAGUACAUGCGCCCGGCCAUGCGCCGGCACCGCUCCGAGUCCCACGGCAUUGGGGGCAUGAAGGAGAAUGUCGAGCAUGAUGCGCCGCCCAAGCCGUGGAUCGAAGUUCCGUCGCCCACGUACCUUCCGUUGCCAGACCGUCGCCACGCGCGUAGUCGGCCCCACUUUGUUCCCUACGAUCGCGGCGCGCCGCUCGACGUUCCGCAGGACAUUGACCUGCUGGAAGAGGUCGCGACACCCAGCGUGCCCCAUACACUCGUCAAACGCCUCGCCUCGCCGUUGGCCCUCUCCUCGCAGGGCACCGAGACAGAGUGGAACACUGGAACCGACCCGUGGGGUCCGACGUGGUCGCUCAUCACGCUCUCACCUGUGCUGGCGCUGACCGUGUACGUCGCUGUGAUUCUGCAGCGCCGCGAGACGACCUACAUCAACGUACUCAUCGGCCAGAUUAUGUGCGAGGUGCUGAAUGGCAAGCUCAAGCGCCGUAUCCAGCAGAAGCGGCCGACGGAUAUACUCGGCACGGGCUUCGGCAUGCCGUCGUCGCACUCUCAGUUCUGUGGCUUCUUUUGUGCGUUUUGGAUCCUGCACUUGCUGUGCCACGGGCCCAAAAAAGGGACGUACGCGCGUACGCUCUGUAUGCGUCAGGCGGACCGUGCGGUGAUGAUGGCACUGGUGCUCGCGCUGGGUGUGCUUACCUGCUACUCGCGCCACUAUCUUUUGUACCACACUGCGGAGCAGAUCUUUGUUGGCUCGUCGCUGGGUGUCGCCAUCGGCAUUCUCUACUAUAUGGCAACCGAGCGCUGGCCGCGCACUCUUCCGGCCAGCUCGCAGCUCGGCCGCUUCCGUGCUUUCCUAUAUACGAACCCAGUGAGCCGCGCGCUGCGUCUGCGCGACAGCUGGUCGGUGUGGAGCGAUGGGAGCGAGGAACACACGUACGACCGCUUCUUAGACAGCAUCUCGGCGGCAGCGGACCCCACGGCGCGCGCCCCGGCGUUCCAGGGGUCGAACAAUGCUCACCUCAAGAUGAUGCUCGCCGCUCUUCAAGAGGCCGACCACUGCGAAGCGGUCACGACCGCCUUCUCGGUCGGAUGUGUAAUCGCUGCGGCCAGCGCGAGCCUCGAACAGCCGACCGAGCCGCUGGCAGGCGUCGACGUGCUCGAGCCCCACGCGCUCUUUACUGGCUUUUCGCGCGAGCUUCCGGGCAAUACGCACGCGGAAGAGUGUGCGCUCGAGAAGCUCGUGCGGUACUGCGGCCGCACGCCUGAAAUGCGCAGCUCGCAGGCGGUGGCUCAGGCUGCAGGCAACGCGCCGCUCGAGCUCAUCAUGUACACGACCAUGGAACCGUGCUCGGAGCGCCUGAGUGGCAAUGCUCCGUGCGUCGACCGGAUCCUGCGCUUCAACGACAAGCCGCCGGUGACGACAGCCGCAUGGCUCGCCAAGGCCGCUCAGGCGGCGCUUCCGGGCCACGGCACUUCGUCGCUCGAGCACGCCGACCGUACGCUGCGUCCUUUGCGUAUUCAGCUCGUCGUGCAAGGCGUGCGCGAGCCGGAGGACUUUGUCCAGUGCCAGGGUCAGCGCAAGCUCCGCGACGCCGACAUCCACGUCACGUCGGCCGCGCCGAAGGGUGCGCCGGGUGCGCUGGGCCUCAGCGUGCCGAACCUUUCCUCAGUCUCGCUCCGUGUACGCAGCGGCAGUGCGACCGAGUGGCUCGAGGAUGUGUGCCUGCGUAUGGCCAAGAAGGGGCAUGAAUCAUCAUAG